CGUAGAAGAAGUGCGAUUCGUGCUUUUCUCUCCUCUCUAUAUAACUGCAGAAGAAACACAACUGAAGCGAUUGCACGAAAAAUUUCUCGAGUUUAUUAGUCAAGGAACAAGAAUGAGAGGGACAUUAAGAGGAGACUACAAAAACUUCGGCUUGGAAUUUUCAGUUGUUGACUUCACGGCAUCUGAGGUUCGAAUGGACAAAAGCCAACACUUAGUUGCGAGUCAGUUGAAGAGAGAAAUCAUAUCUUUAGAUGCUACUGUCGAUCAAAAGAUGCAUGAACAAGAUCUAUUGCUCUUUUUCACUUUCACGAAAAAUCCAAUCAACAACCCUGGAGUUAAUAAAGAACUUCGUAUGGUGCUUCGUCCGCUUGAGAUCAAUAUGAACUUAGACUGCCAGUGGAUAGGUCACUUGAAGGGCUUCAUGAGAGAGGUAACGACUGCUCCGAACGUAGAGAAAUUCUGGGGAGAACUAUCUUUGGCUUAUUUGAAUUCACUAACACUUGGUAAAUUGGCACUCAUGGCAAAAGCCGAGUCUGCUGCUUCUGGCCACGAAAACUUGGAUGUGGAUGUUGCCAUGCACUGCCCUGUUCUCCGAAUAGGGAUUGGAGAUGAUGCUGACUUGUUGAUCGAUCUUGGUAUCUUGUCUUUAAGAACUGAUAGGCUGGCAGGUAUCUCCCGCAACAAAUUGAAGAAGCGCCCUCUGAUCCAAAAUGGUUCAGCUGAGGAUGAUUUCGCACCACUGGGACUACGGCAGAUGAGUAUAGACGAUGGUUCACUUAAUGGUGGUUCAAGGUCGUCUAGAGUACCCUCAUCUGUAUUUCGAAAGCCGAUUCGGAAUCUUAUGUUUUCCUCUGCAGUCUCCCUCGAGAGUAUCCAUGCAAGUGAAAGAACAAAUCGAUCAUUUGAUGGGAGCUUAAAUCUUGAUGAUGCCUUUCCAGCCAUUGAUCGAGGUUCUGAGAGAAAGAAUAGUCAGAACGAGUCGAGGAUAGAAGAACUUUUCUACGAUAAAUAUCAGCUGCGUCUUCAGACCGGGAAGAUUAGUUUCAGUGGAGAAUCUGAAGUGUUCGACGUUUCGUCAGGGUUUGAACUACGUACAACAAUUCAGAAAUCUAUCAUUCCAACAGAUCACACGUUGUGUAAACUGAAGGCACAUACAGUGGUUGAAUCAAUUAAGCUGGUUCUCAAUGAAGACUUGGUUUCACGGUUCGCAGUAGGAUAUACGAUGUGGAAAUCAUUAAUGAAAGCUGAUGUAGCAUCGCAAACUUACAGGCGUGCGGUUACAAAAUCGCUUGUAUCCAAAGAUGAAGUUGGUAGGUUUAUUCCAAAUGAUGAUCAGGUGAAACAUGAAUAUGAUAGUAGCAGUUCUGAGACAGCCAGCGAAAUUGACGAAUGCGAAUUUUUCGAUGCGAAGGAAGGGGCUGAAUCUGUUGGUGGAGAAAAUACCUCUGGUGUUUGGUUCGAAGAUCAUUGGAUAGCAGAUGCGGAGAGCGUUAUUGAUGCAGGGAGUAGAGGAUCCUCAAACGACCGUCGCUUUCAUCGUAGGCAACCAUCUCUAUCUGAUGUAUCGUCCGUGUCUGAUCAUUCGAAAAAUCGCAGGAGUCAAUUGGAAAAUGGUUAUUUAAGUGCAGAGAACUUGGCAAGAUUAGAAGAGGUCGGAGAGGACGACUCAGUCGCAGAGAGUGGCAAGGAAAUGGACGAUGAUUCAUUUCAUUCUGUGAUGUCAGCUGGAGGCCAGGCACAGCUUCUGACAGAUCUGGAGGAGAGUGCAAAGGAAUUGGAAGCAAAAAUUGAGCACCUUUCGGCGAUAAUGGAAGAAAAUGCUGACACCCUUGUAGAUAUCAAUGAUCCGGAACUUCCAGAGCGCCGAAAUAUACAUAAAAAGACAAAGCGCGAUAUCCAUCGAUCAAAAGCGGAGCUGAAAGCACUGAAUGCUGUUUGUCAAGACCUGCAAAUUCUCUUAUCAGAUAAAGGCAAUAAUCUUGCACCUGAACUCGAUAAGGAAGAAUUUGCUGUGGUAACGAUACAACAAGCGAGAACAGCUAAAGCAUUGAUACAUGCAAAGCAACGUAACGAUUCAGAUGAAAGCCACCGGCUUGUGCGACACUUAAAUCGUGAACUAUUCAAAGGCUCGAUCCUUUUGAGCGAGCUACAAAUCACUUUGCGCACUGGUGACCACUCUAGUGACGUCAAACAUGAUGGAAAAAUUUCUGAUUUUGAAUUUUUUGCGAGUCAGGUUGCACUUGCACUUUUUCAUUACGCGAAUGAUACAAAAAUAUAUUUCAGUUUGGAUCAGGUGGCAAUGAGCGUCACGAAUGUAGUUGAUGUACAUGCAGUAAAGCCAUCCCUGAUCUUUUCAGGUGGAAGCAGUGAUACACCUUUGCCUGUUCGUCUGCCGCAUCUUGUCGCUCACUCGAUGGAAGACCGAUUCAUCCGGGGCGUUAUGGCUAUACGGAAACAUCGAUCAUCUGAAUCUUCUCGGCGGCUCGCGAAGUCAUGCAAAAUAAGGCUAGUCGUUGGGGAUGUCGAGAUGUCACCAUCUCACAAAUCGAUCACACUCAUGUUACAGUCUCUCGUUCGCGUCAAGGCAGCGAUGACCUCGUCUGAAUCUUGCAUUCAAACAAGAGAUACGCCAGAGCCAGAAGAUAAACAAACAGAACAACUGCAAAGAUCUCACCAUUACUUUGAUCUAGCUCUUCGACUAACUUCAGUCAGAAUCGUACUUACCCAUGAAGAUAAAGUCACUGGCGCCGUGGUUGCAUCAGAAUCGUCACUUCGGCUUCUACUCUUGGCAUCACAAAUACGAAACAAAUUUCAAGGUGACUUUCGAUGUGCUAAUGCACAGCUUCUGGAUAUUCUAAGUUUUGAAAAUAUUGAAACAUGUCGCGGCUCAGAAAUUUUGGGAAGAAGAGAUCCAUAUAACUUCCUGUUCCAAUUAAGACUUAGAAGCCAGCUCGUUCCCUCGGACGAAAGAAGCGGAUGGGUGGUCGGAGUUCAUACACCAGACAGUGAUAACAAGCGCGGCACUUGCGACGUCCGGAAUACACAUUUAGGUAUCAAAAUAAGCCCUCUAUCUAUACUCGCUUCUCCCGAUGCUUUUACGAAGCUAUCAAAGAGUUUAUGCGAGAUCCGCCAAGUUUUUCAGAAGCCUAGGGAUUUAUCCAAGAAUCAGAAAAAAGUGUCAUUUAUUGAACGGAUAGCUAGACAAGCUCGAUUGAGAUGGCGCUUUGACUUGGUUUUACGGCGAAUAAACAUUAGGUUUCCGGACGAAAACAAAAGUGAAUGGAACAUUUCAGAUGAUAUCGGUACGAAAAUGGUGGUCGCAUUCACCACUGUUCUCAGUGUUCAGGAGUCCAAUAUAGAGAGUGGUCGCAUUUCGAUACGAAUGGGGGUCACAGAUAUAUCGAUGAUCAGAUCUAUGGACGACUGGCCAAUUUUAGAGCCUUUCACAAUGAUAUUUGAGCUUACGCUGAUGAGCAACUUCGUAUCUCGCUUGAGCGAAGAAUCAAGAGUUGAUAUCCUGCCUUUAUUGGUCAUGGCUGGGUCCCCUUUGAACGAGAUAGAUGUAAUAAUGACAAGGUACGGGUGGGGAUCGAUUCCUUCUCGAGAAUGUAACGACGAAAAAUCCACAUUAGUUCUCAAAUUCUCUCCUCUCAAGAUCAACAUAUCCGUAUGCAUCAUUGCUUUCAUCAAUGGUAUAUUGCAGUCUUUCAAAACGAAUCCUUCUAGAAAGCAAGAAAAGAAACUGGAACCGAACCCAACCAUGAGCCUCCUACCCUCGGCAAAAAAUAUGAUGGGUAGAAAUAAAUUUGGUCUGCAAGUCUCUUUCGAGGACGCAGAGAUUCAGCUACUUCGUGCAAAUGAAUCAAAGCCGAUUGCUUACGCAUCGCGUCUUAUUUCAUUUACAAUGACAGACGUUACUGUUGACUACAGUCAAGGUGAAGAGGUUUCUGCGUCCAUUUUGAUUCGAGAUUCGGCUUUGUUUGAUCUUUCGUCAGGAAAGGGGAUUCGGGUUAUCGGCGAAGAUCCCGAAGCCCGUCUCGGUUUUCCUUAUUUUGUCCGCAUCAAGCUAUACAUGCAUUUAGAAGGGGUCCAGACGAUAAGGUUACACAUAAACUGGGGUAAAAUCCAAUGCCUUGUUUUACCAUCAUUCUUUCGUUCAAUUUUGGAUUUGAAAGAAGGGUUGAAAUCUUUGAAUGGGACAAACCGGGCAUCAGGUGAAACACGAGGAAGAAAAGUAAACCCUUAUAUUCGCUUUCUUCACCAUCCAAAUGAUAUUAACCUGAUUCUGUCUGCUGAUGCCGAAACAUUUGAAUGCAUUUUGGCAUCGAGAGAUAUAAUUGAAUAUGUAAAAAAUGGCGACAAAGACCCAUUCGGGGUUGUUACAUUCAGAUGGAAAGCAUCAUUAAGCUUGGCAAUGGCUCUUGACUGUCUGAAAGACUCCUCAGUGCCGUGGCUUACUCUCAAUUUCGACGGAAUUUUUACCGAUGAAGAGGACGUAGAUCUGUUCAAGGAUUUCUCGAAUAACUAUUUGGGAAACAGUUCUGGACUGCCUGUCGAAAAUGUCGGUUACAAACUCGCCAAUGCUUUUAGUACAAAAGUAAACUACAAGCUUUCUGCAUUCCAAGUUCUUCGAACCAACAUAACGUUGAUGGAACUUUUCAAUCCAUCGCAAAAAGGCUUCACAGUGAUGCCGAGGAUAUGCUUUAAAAUAAGCCAGCCAAUCGCUGGGGAGCAACGUAUAACGAAUCCGAUUGACUUAGUGCUUGUAUACAAAGCAACUGGUGCAUCGAUAGCAAAUAGAGCUGACGAUGAAUUUUCGGAAUACGAAGUAAAACUGGCUCAGCUUCUACUCUUGGAAGCUAACUUUGUAGACGUUCUGGUCUACAUGGGUUCGAAAAGGUUGGGAGGAUUCAGUGAUUCCUUUUCCGUUUCGGUGAAGCCAAUUUUGGACAUGGCUAAGCGAAAAGAUACCAAACGGAUUUCACAGGAUAACGGCAUUUCGGUGCCUACGGAUAUCAGCUCAAGAUUUCUCAAGACACCCAAACUGAGUGAUAUUUUGAAAUCGUCACCUUCGAUUUGCCGGGUGCAGAUUGAAGGAUUCCUGGUAACAUGUGUACCUGGGGGUGCAUCUCGUCUGAACGAAUCUCCCAUCAUAAAAUUUGAGCUGUCAAAUAUUUUGUCUGGUAUUGCAGCUGUUCCGGUGAAUCUAAAUUUAGGCAUGGUGCCAGGGAAGGGGACUAGUGAAGAAGACAAUUCUCAACGGCAGUACAUUGCGGGUUCAGAAAUGAUGAACGCGAACGUGGGUGGGUGGAUUGCAUUUCAAAUCACAGGUCACUAUCACAACCGGCGAUUAGUCGCUUGGGAACCUUUCAUCGAGCCAUGGAUUGCAGAUAUCUCCUUUGGAAUCGACUUGGUAGAGGCUUGCCGUUGGGAACCAACGAUAAAACAAGAAGCUACCAUUACUAGGACGGCGACAGAGUCUUCUUUGACAGAAGUAUCAGGGGUUGAAACCCCUGGGACAGGGAAGGAUCGCUUACGAGAGAUAGGACGUCUUAUUCGUUCUCCAUUUCAAAGUCUUCAAUCUUCAACGUCUUCAAGGAAAGGAUCUCCGGAUAUAUCUCAUUCUGACUUGUGUUAUUUGAUGCUAUCAAGCUCAGCACGAAGUAUUCUAUCUUCGGCACUCUACAACUCCUCGGGAUCCCAAUCAGAUGUUGAGUCAAAAAUCUUCAACACUAUGCCCUCCACAUCUCCUAUAGAAUGGCUCCAGGGGUUUGGAAAGCCGACAAAGACAUCUAGCACUCGAGAUGAUCAUGGUCCAUUUUCCAUAUCUGUCAUCUUGUCCGAUAAGAUGCCCCUCAACGUGAACUUAACCGGUGCCCUCAUUGAAAACGUCAUGGGUUAUCUUGACAAUACCAAAAAGACCGGUUCAAAAGCCAUUGUCCCGCAUGUAAUUCGGAAUGCUUCUGGAAUGGUAUGUAAUCACGUAGCGCCUUUCACCUUCAAUUUUCAUUUUUCAGCUCCCUACUAACCUAAUUGAUCCUGUCCCUUAAUAAAGACGUUGCGAUUCAGAGAAGUAUUGGGGACUGAUAGGACAAAACGCAAGGAAAAGUCCGCUAAAAUUAUACUAGCUGAUGGUUCAGAGACACCACUCACGCUUAAGAGGUCACUUUCCCAAACAUGCGAUCCGCAUCGAGCAUUCAUCUAUCUUGAACUUGGAAGCUUUGAAGAUACUGUCGGUAGAAUAAGUAAUGGUGAUUUUGCAAUCCCUAAAGGGGAGAGAUCGGCCAAUUUUUCUUUCAAAGCAUCAGCUAAAAUUCCAGUUGACGCCGUCGGUGUUCAUCGGUAUCCUCUAGAUAGGAAUGUGAACUCUAGAGGAGACACUAAUGACGAUGGUUCAAAUUCCAGGGCACUCGGUUGGAUUAUUGUCCGUGUGGCUCUAAGAGGCAGUGUUAAGGUAGUGUCAAUAGAAUCCCCAUUUGUUUUGAAGAAUGCAGCAGACGCCGACCUUCUCUGCGAAGUUAGAGACGAAAGUGGCAUUUCUCUGUUGUGGCGUUGUUUGGUUCCGAAGGAGGAGUGCACUGACAGUAAUUGGAAACAGGAUGGUGUAGUGUCAAUUCCGGCCGACAUCGUUCCUUUCAUACACGAUGGAUCAUACCGCUUCUCUGUAACUGCUAUCUCUCGUUCAGCGUCAUUUCUGCACGAAGCUGACCUCACAGCAAUUCAAUAUAAUGCAGUAGAGAUAUCUACUCCACCUCCGUUUUCUCCCAAGUCGUUUGGAAGAGGGUUGGUCGGAGAGGAAGAAGUCAUUCUACCGGCUUUGGUCUCACUAGGUAAUAAUCACAGUGAAGGCAACGAGAUCUUCGAAUCAGAUGAGAAAGUCCACGUAACGGCAUGCGCGGUAAGGAUUGGGAGUGCGAGUUUUUCGCAGGUUGACUCAUCGAUUGAAGUUCCAGAGCAGCGAAUGAUCUUCUUCAGAUCUCCACUAGUGAUUCGAAACUUUCUUGCUUUGCCCAUCGCAGUGCAAGUUAGAGUCAAAACCAUUUCGAAUGCUUUGAUGAAUAACAAUAUGAAUUCCAGUGGUAGAGGACACACCUUGGGAUCGACUGGCUGGGAAGACCUUGGUGUGUUGGAUUGCGGAGAAUCAGUGCCAUGGACCGGGUCGCCUUCGUCAGACCAAGUUGAACUUCGGGUGAAAUUUGUGGGCACAGAUGGUGAUAACUCUCGCCGAUAUCCAGGAUGGAGUUCUCCUGUCCAUGUUCCAGCCCGCGACAACGGAAACGGAAGCAUAGGACAAUAUAACAACCCAAGGAGUUAUGCUAAGAUGAAAGUGUCUGAUGCCGACGACGUGGUAUUAAACCUUUCAGUUGCGU